AUGGACUCAGCCAGCGACAAUUCCCACAAAAAAGAGGCCCAUGUACAUGCUUCUAGUACCGUACACGGCUGCGACGUCGACGUCGGUGCUCAGCUGAUUGCUGAGACAGACAGUUCCCUAACUCCACAGGAGGCCUCUCGGCUGAGGGCCAAGAUUGAUUGGCAUGUUAUACCACUCAUGUGCAGUAAAAUCACGUUCAUGGAUAAAACCACUCUGGGAGAGGCAGCGGUGCUGGGCAUAAUGGAUGGUGCACAUCUAACUGCAAAUCAGUACAACUGGCUUGGCACAAUAUUUUAUCUGAGCUACCUCGUUUUUCAAUACCCUCAGAACUUGGCGUUGCAGCGCUUCCCUGUUGGAAAAUGGAUGAGCAUCAAUAUUUUUUUGUGGGCCGUGGUCCUGCUAUGUCAUGCUGCUUGCAAAUCUUUCGGAUCAUUGUUUGCGGUGCGCUUCUUGCUGGGGAUGUGCGAAGGUGCUAUUACCCCCGGCUUCAUGAUUGUCACAUCCAUGUUCUAUACUCAUGCCGAGCAAACGAGGCGUGUCGGUUAUUGGUUUUUGAUGAACGGUUUUGCUGUGAUUAUUUUGGGGUUCAUCAGUUUUGGUCUCCUUCACACGCAUACAGCCUUCAUGCCCUGGCAAUGGCUCAUGAUUAUCACUGGAACCAUUACAUUGAUCACCUCUGUGCUCUUCUGGUUUUUCUUCCCUGAUUCGCCCACAACCGCAUGGUUCUUAACUCCAGAAGAGAGAGUUGCGGCGAUUCGUAGAAUUCAAGUGAAUCAAAGUGGCGUAGAGAACAAACGUUUCAAGAAAGAACAGUUCCUCGAAACUGUCAAGGACCCAAAGACAUGGUUAAUGGCAUUCUUUGCAGGGUCUGCAAACAUCGUGAACUCUCUCACUAAUCAACGCCAAUUGAUUAUCUCACAAUUCGGGUUCAAUGGUAUCCAGACAACUCUUCUUGGCUGUGUUGAUGGUGCAGUCGAAAUUCUCACCAUUUGGCUGGGAGUCACGGUUCUUGUUUCACAACCAUCCAUCGGCAGGUCAUAUGCUGGUGUACUAAUGUACAUUCCUGGGAUACUUGGCUCGAUACUAGUUAGCACACUUCCGUUCUCUAACAAAAUAGGUUUACUAUUCUCAUACUGGAUUUCAAUCUUUGCGAUUGCACCAUUUCCUAUCUUCCUUGGUUGGGUUAGUUCGAUAACAUCCGGACACACGAAACGAAUUACCACCAAUGGCAUCGUCCUGUGCUCGUAUGCGGUUGGCAAUGCCGUCAGUCAGUUUAUGUGGAAGGUACAAUAUCAACCCAGGAACCACAUUCCAUGGGCUGUGAUCACAUCAUGCAAUUUUGCUGCCGGUAUCGCGUUGGUGGUUCUUCGUUUCAUGUUCGCCAGUGAGAACAGGAAACGAGAACAAGAAACCCCCGACAGGCAUGAUGCGGUGUACAUACUAGACGAAUCGGGUGCGGAGAGGAAGGUGGACAAAGCCUUCCUUGAUCUCACGGACAAACAAAACCGCGACUUCCGCUAUGUUCUGUAGGUGUUGCCUUGACAGUUAUGCUUGAUUCCUCCCAGAAACUUCUCCUCGGAUUUCCGGUUCUUCCUCAGUGGCAGGUUAUAUAAUAAUUUUCAUGUUCUCUAUAACUUGCUUGUCCACCCCUGUAUUGUUUGGUACUUCAGUGUUUGCUGUCAUUUUUGGGUUUUGGGGGAUGUUAUGAUAUAUUACUUGUACAAAAUAAAGGUCUCCUGUGUGCGAUGAUCCUAUCUGGUAUAACAACUACGGGUUUGAUCAAAGAAACGAUGAAACCUUCGUCGGCCGACGGACAGCCGCCGAGUUUCCUUCCAGAUGCUUAUAUGCAAUGCGAAAAUCAGGGACUACCUUUUUCGACGUCAGUGACCUCCUUGAAUCUUUCUUCAUAGCGAUCGGCCUUCCAAAGAAGUCCACAGGCGGCUAGUUG